AUGCCUCCCAAACAGGCAUUGUGGUCAGAAGACGAUCUGAUCGCAGCUGUUAGAGCAGUACAAAGAGGAACUUUGAGUACGUAUAAGGCUGCAGAGAGAUAUAAGAUCCUUCCUGCACAAGAAAACGCACCAGCUCUCGAACAUCCUCAUGCACAAGCUUCAGAAUCCGGAGAUACAACACCGUCUAUUUUAUCGGAAGCCUCAACGCCUGAUCGUGAUCAAGAAAAUAUACCACCUAUUAAUAAUGAUGAACAGAAGAGUUCAAAAUCUGCUGCUACGACUCCAGAACAAACUAAGCAAUCACCAGCUAUAGCAUCAACAUCCACAGGUCAGGUCUCAAGAGAAUCAAUCGUGCAACGCAGCUAUUAUCGCACAGUUUAUGGAACAAGCUCUAGUUCAGAUGAAUCUAAUGAUUUACCACUCAGUCGGUUGAAAAGAAAUGAUUUUUAUGAUCUUCUGCCUACGCCUGUUAAAGUUCAAACAUGCACACCGACUGUUAGACGAAAAGCCAUUAAUUAUCGAGGUACUCCAAUCACAAAAGAUCUAUUUGAUAAAUAUAAUCAAAAGAAACUAAAUAGUAAAGAAGUGAAAGGUAACAAAAGAAAGAAAAAUAAACAAGACGAAAACUUUACUGAUGUUAAAACAGGUAGAAAAGAAAAAACGAAGUUUAAAAAGGCUUUAAAUCCUAAGAAAGCUAAAAUCGUAUCUGCAAAAAAGUCUACUACCGUCAAAGACCAAUGGAAGGAAACGCGGGAAGGGCAAGGACUACCCACUAUCCCUAAAAACAUGUUUCCUACGUUGCUAAAUAAGCUGUGGGAAAAUAUCAUGAACAACUCAGCAAGUAAUCUCAAAGCUGGCUUUAAGAAAACCGAAGAUAAAGUACAGAGUGAUGCAGAAGACUAUGAGGUGAGAGCUCCACCAGUGGUUUCUGAAGAUGACCUGGAAAGUCUUGAAACUACUUCGCAAAGUAUGCCGAGUUAUAUUAUCAUGCCACAGUGUCAAAUUCUUAGAGGCAAAAACGAUCAUCGUUGGACGGCCGCUAAGGCAGAACAAGUUGCAGAGUAUCGUCUGCUAAUAUUAUACGGACAUCAAGGGGUCCCACUCGGAUGA